AAGAAAUGCUCGGCGGCCGACAUCAUCACAUGCUGCUGGCUUUCGACGACGUGGAACUUAUGCCAACCUAAUUCAUCGACAGUCCGCUCCUCAAUGGACGAGAAGGCUGCCAAAGCCAAAGAGCGACUUCCAUUGCUAAAAGGCAACGUUCGGGCGACCGCUUGCAACUGGUGUCUGCAACACAGAUUGAUUACGAUGGGAAUUGGACUGGGCAUCGUGUUGUUGCCGCUCCUCGGCCUGCUCGCCUUGCACACUCAUGGCGGUUAUGCAAAAUGGACGUCUCCAGGCGUCUUUCCUUCGCCGCAAGGCUAUGGCGCCGGUAACUGGACCGAGUCUUAUAAGAAAGCGAAAGCCAUGGUUGCGAAGAUGAGCCCCGAGGAAAUGAACAAUAUCACAGUGGGCUAUCCGACCACGCAUACAGGCUGUGUUGGUAUCACGGGCACAGCCCUCAAAGCUGGAUUUCCCGGUCUGUGUCUACAUGAUGCCGGCAAUGGCGUGCGAGAAACCGAUGGCGUCAACGCUUAUGCAUCCGGCAUCUCCGUUGGCGCAUCGUGGAAUGCAUCGAUGGCAUAUGAACGAGGGGUGUUCAUGGGAGCCGAAUUCAAGAAAAAGGGCAUCAACGUCGCACUCGGGCCUGUCGUGGGUCCUCUUGGCAGAGUCGCUUCUGGUGGCCGAAACUGGGAAGGCUUUGCCGCUGAUCCCUUCAUGGACGGAGUCCUCGGUGCGGCAACAAUCAUGGGUCUACAGCAAAAUGUGAUCGCAUCUGUCAAACACUUUAUUGCCUAUGAGCAGGAAACGAAUCGCAAUCCCUUCUCGAACGAUGAUGGAACAGUGCUCGCUACGAGCGCGAAUGUUGACGACCGAACGAUGCAUGAAUGUUACUUGUGGCCUUUCCAAGAGGCAGUACUCGCAGGAGUGGGCAGUGUCAUGUGCAGCUACCAGAGAAUAAACAACACCUAUGGAUGCGAGAACAGCAAAACCAUCAAUGGCCUGCUGAAAGGCGAGCUCAACUUCCAAGGCUUUGUUGUUUCUGACUGGGCCGCACAGCACAGCGACCUGGCCACUGCAAACGCUGGUCUGGACAUGGCCAUGCCCUCUAGCGACUACUGGGGCAAUGGAAAAUUGGCUGCGGCAACACAAGGAUUCAACCAAAGUCGUCUGGUCGACAUGGCGACGAGAAUUGUGGCAACAUGGUAUCAACUCGGCCAGGAUAACCCAAAUUUCCCACCGAUGGGCGUUGGAAUGCCAGCCGACAUAUUGGCACCACAUGAUUAUAUCGACGCGCGAGACGUCGCUGCUAAGCCGUCUAUCUUGCAACAAGCCAUUGAAGGGCACGUUCUUGUCAAGAAUAUCAAGGGUGCCUUGCCACUCAAGAAACCUCGACUGCUGUCGGUCUUCGGCUGGUCAGCCCAGUCACAGGAACGGCAGAUUGCGAUGAAUGAGAUCGUCGACAAUGCACCUUCCAAAGCUAUGGGCACACUUUUUGUCGGCGGAGGUAGUAGUUCUAACACUCCGGCCUACAUCAGUACACCAUACGACGCACUACAGAAUAAGGCUUACUACGACGAUACCGCCAUCUUCUUCGAUAGCGAAUCGACAGCACCUGGUGUAGUCACAGACUCCGACGCAUGUCUGGUGUUCAUUAACGACUACGCUUCUGAGAACUGGGAUCGACCAAACCUGGCCGACCCCGAUGGAGAUGACCUAGUGAAGAGCGUCGCAAGAUCCUGCAACAACACCAUCGUCGUGAUCCACAACGCCGGUCCACGAGUAGUAGACGCCUGGAUCGACAACACCAACGUCACAGCCGUCAUCUUCGCGCACCUCCCAGGCCAAGACGCCGGCCGCUCAAUCGUUAGCCUCCUCUACGGAGAAGUCAGCCCCUCAGGCCGACUCCCCUACACCGUCGCCAAAAAACCUGGCGACUACCGCUCGCUUCAAGGCCCCUGCAUCGACACCUCCCGAGACCCACAAUGCGAUUUCGAAGAAGGCGUCAACAUUGAUUACCGAUACUUCCUCGCUCGCAACGUCGCUCCCCGCUACGAAUUCGGUUACGGCCUCACCUACAGCUCUUUCGAUUACUCUUCCCUCGGCGUUCACAUGGACGUCAACUCCACCAUCAACACCGCCAGCACUUCACCCGUCUACGCCAACGGCACCACCGACAACACCGUCAACAAAAACAUGACGUCUGGCGGCUACGAACCUCUCUUUGAAUCCGUCGGAAACAUCACCGCCACCAUCGUUAACAAUGGUUCCCACACCGCUUCGGAAGUCGCGCAACUAUACUUGGAAAUCCCCGUCCCUGACGGCGCUUUGUCGGGUAUGCCGAAUACCAGGACUCUGAGGGGUUUCAAGAAACAGCAACUCACGCCCGGUCAGCGAUGGGAUGUGGUGUUUGAUUUGAGACGGAAGGAUAUUUCAUAUUGGGAUAUUAACAAUCAGACUUGGGUUGUUCCCAAUGGGCAGUUUAAUGUUUUUGUUGGGAGGAGUGUGCUUGAUACGCCGCUCGUGGGGAGUUUUAAUUUGAAGUGAAUGCAUGAUAUGAUAUGAUAUAUGUAGGAAGCGGGGAAGAGUCAGCCGAAGAGGAAGUUUGAGUGAAUACCUCGCUUUAUACUCCCUUUAUCGAAUGUAUGUAGAUUUCAGCCUUUUCAGGUGUUUUUUUAGGGCUAUAGAAAUACUUGUUUUCUUUUUGC